UAUGCUAUCUUUCGGUUUUCCGAUAAGUUGUGGACGGACUAUACUAUCAGCGAGCAGAUUAAGUGUUAGUUUUAUCAGCAUAUUGAUAGUCGCAUAGCCGCUGGCCUGCCGCUGCCUCAGAAGUCCGCGAGUCGUCAUGGGCAGUCAAGCGAUUGCGGUUCCUGGAGCGGGAGCGGGAGCUUCGAUCCCAGCACCGAUGGACAACAGCAGUGCGUACGGCGGAGGAGAAGACAAAAGCGUAGACGUGGGCGAUCCUUGGCUGCAGCAGGUCGUCGUCUUUGACUGGCAGCCCGCGGAGAUUCUCGCCCAGAAUGCCGAGUCCAUGCAGCUCAUUGUGGCCACAUUUUGGUGUGUGCUUCUGGCCCGUGUUGCCGCCCAGCAGCUCUGCCCCCGCUCCAGCCCCACCUUGUGCUACGCCGUGGAGUUUCUGCUCAUCGUGCCGCCCGUAGUUCUGCUCGUUACGGUGGCCAGCGACUACUGCACCCACAUUCUGCUGCUGAUGCUCGUCUGCUCGCUGUGGUUCCUGUUCCGCAGCCAGGCCCUGCAGCGGGCCCGCGCCCGCAGUCAGUUCGAUCUGGGCGGCACCCGUCCCACGGUGCUCACGCUGGUGCGUGCCCUGACCCACCUGAUCACGGCCGUUUGCAUACUGGCCAUCGACUUUGGCAGCUUCCACCGGCCCUACCGCAAGAGCCGGACGUUCGGGGCCAAGCUGAUGGACACGGGCAUCGGACUGUUCGUGGUCACCAUGGGCCUGGUGUCGCAUCGGACGCGGCACACCAAAGAUCUUCGCCGGAGUACGGUGUAUGCGGCGCUGCCGCUGCUGCUGCUGGGACUGGCGCGGACCGUGGCCCUGCUAAUCGUUGGCUACGGCCAGGAUGAGCACGAGUACGGCCGCGACCUGAACGCCUUCUUUACGCUGGGGCUGACGAAGCUGUUCGGAUCGCUGGCCAGCCUAGUGGCUCGCCGGGAUGUGCACCUCCUGCCACUGGGCGUGGGUCUCCUGGCAGCCCACCAGAUGUCCCUCAGCGUUUUCGGUCUCUCCGACUACGUGAUGGACGAGGAUGUGCCGCGUGCGACGCUGUUCAGCGCCAACCGGGAGGGUCUGGUCUCGCUGCCCGGCUUCGUGGCCAUGUACCUGCUCUCCAUAUACCUCAGGCGCUGGCUCAUGGCUGCCACGCUGCUCAGCUACUCGGACAUGGUCCGGAAGCUGCGGCGACUGCUCCUCCUGGUGCUGAUCCUGUGGUGCCUGUUCGGGGCGAGUGCCUUCGCCGUUGGCAUCUCCCGGGUGACGUGCAACUUUGGCUACGUCGUCUGGACGCUCUCCAUCAUAUGCACCAUUAUGUGGAUGGCCCUGUUUGGCGUGGACUUUGUCAUAGACAGUGUCCUGGCCCGGGAUCCGCAUGCGCUGGCAGUCGAUAGCCAGGAAAAGGGUCAGCUGCUGGAGCCGGCAGGGGCGGAGGGAGAGGGCAAUGUCUCUAGGAAUGGCAAUGCCAUCGGCAGUUUUGCCAUCUGCCAGUCCCUGAACCUGAACGGUCUGACAUUCUUUCUGCUGGCCAACCUUUUGACCGGCGGGGUCAACAUAUUCCUCAAGCCAGAGGAUCGCAGCCAAGCCGAAUCUGUGCUCAUUCUGCUCGUCUACAUGUUUCUGGCCACCAAGGCGGUCCACGAGCUGCUCAAGAGAGGUGUCCGCCUGGCCUGAGAAUAAGUUUCCUGUGAUUAUUUCAUUGAAUUUUACCUUUAACUUUAACUUGAAUUUGCCUAAGUUUUUGUAUGUUUUAUCAGUUAAUAGUAAAUACCAUAAUUUUAGUUAAUACAUAAUGAUUUAUAAUUGCAUUCCCUUCCAUAUGUGGGAGCAGCAAAAUGACCGACCCGAUCGCGAACAAGUACAAUUUAUUAUCUCUAAAA